GGAAACCUGAGGAGGCUGGGAAAGGAUUUCAUCUGGGAAACAGAACAAGUACUCAGAAAAUGAGCAUCAAUGUUGACCAGGAGACGGACUAUGCCGAACUGGUUCUGUCUGUAGGAGAAAUCACACUGGGAGAGAAGAAUAGAAGGACAAUGAAAAAUAAAGAACUGAAAGCAAGAGAGGCCCACAGUAUCUCACAGGCUGUGUGCGCUCUGCUGAAUUCUGGAGGGGGCGUGGUCAAGGCUCGCGUUAAGAAUUCAAAUUGCAGCUUCAUCAGAGAUGGAAUAGGACUGGACUUGGAAAAUUCUUUUCAUGAAAUUCUUCCAUUUCCUCAGAAAUACCUAGACUACAUGCAGAACAAGGGGUACUUUUUAAUUUUUGUGAAACCAUGGAUCCCGGAUAUCUCUGGUCAGUGUGUACUCACCUUGAAAACCAAUCUCUAUGUGAGAAAUUUGUCAACUUCAUAUGAACUGAAAGGUCCUGAUGCAGUGCAGUUCCUCAAAGCCAAGAAAGACUCUGAAGGGAGGUCAUGUUCAAGACAGAGCUUGCCUAGAUUAUGUGACUCUGAUGCAUUACGACAUGGAAGUCUACACACAUUUUUUAACAUAGAAAAGUUGACCCUGGAAGAGACAUCCUGUUUUACUAAAUCCAAACAUGCAGAAGUUAAAAUGUCCCCUAAAGAA